AUGGUUGCUACGGUGGCCAUAGUUCUCGACGCAAACACGCGGUUCAAUGCUCGACGCCGUCGCGGUUCAGUGCCGGGUCGUCAGGUAAUUAACCGCGAUAUCGCAGCUGGGCAUGCUAGAUUAUUCAAAGACUAUUUCGCACGGCAUCCUGUCUAUGGCCCCUCGUAUUUUCGCCGAAGGUUUCAAAUGUCUCGGCCGUUGUUUCUUCGCAUAGUGAAAGCUGUGCGGGAACACGAUAGCUAUUUUGUGAGAAAAAGAAAUGCUGCUGGAAAACUUGGGUUAUCAUCUCUUCAGAAGGCUACCGCAGUGUUCCGAAUGUUGACUUAUGGUGUAGCAGCAGAUGAUACAGAUGAGUACGUUCGGAUUGGAGGAAGUACUGCUUUAGAUAGUAUGAAAGCAUUUGUUAGAGCUAUUAUUGAAGUUUUCGGAGAUGAGUAUCUUAGAGCUCCAAAUGAAGCCGAUACCGCUAGAUUGCUUGCAAUUGGAGAGAGCAGAGGGUUCCCUGGAAUGCUAGCAGAAGGGCAAGCUCCAGAAGUUAAUUUUACGGUAAAUGGUAACAAUUAUACAAUGGGGUACUACCUUGCUGAUGGCAUAUACCCGCAGUGGGCCACAUUGGUUAAGACAAUACCCUCUCCACUAGGGCAGAAGAAUAAAUAUUUUGCAAAAUGUCAAGAAGCACAUAGGAAGGAUGUGGAACGAGCAUUUGGAGUGCUUCAAGCUCGUUUUGCAAUUGUUCGUGGACAACAUGGGAGAAAAGGUUAUUCCAUCUCAUGCACAGACGGCUGA